UCCUCUUCCGUAGUUGUGCCAUAUUUUCUUGUUUGUUUAACAAAUUUUUCGUCUCCUACCCCACAGAGACAUCCUGUCAGUGUAAAGCAGCAUUAUCUCCGCACUCCUAUCAGCGUCUAGACUUUAUAACCAUCACUGCUUACUACCAUGCUUCAUUUGCACAGUGUCCCUUUUUUAUUGUUUUGUAAAAAGCCCUUUGGUAAUAAAUACACAUGCACGUCUUUUUUUAAAUCACCCUCAGUAUCAUGUCGCUUUAGCCUGAGUGUGCUGAUUUUAAUCUCUGUUCAGUGUUUUUCUUAGGCCAUAAAUUUUGCCCUUACUGUGCCGUCUAGUACUGUUUCUAUUGUGGUGCCUUGGUGCGUAUCUAAAUGCCUCUCAGUCGCUGCUGCUAAACCUGAAUUUCUCCACAGAGGAACGCCGUCGUUUACCUGAGGCAACAGGUCAAAAAUACAGCUCUGUGUUUUUACUCCCGCAUCCGGCAGCUGAUCAGGAAUGCAUUUGCUUAUAACGCUUGACAAAGCAAGUUGAGCUACCUUGUCAAAGGUACCGCCUUCUCAAACAUCUACAGCAUGUUCUUCUCAUGGGGUUGGGUUUAAUUUCCAGUCCUGAAGAGAAGGAGUCGCUGCCUGAGCUCAGCUGGACGAUGGUGAGCGUUUCUCUUCACCUGCUUCUUUGGUUCUUCUCUGCAGCUUCUUCAGGUAGGAAGACGUUCUCAGGUUCUUCUCCAUUAGAACAGCAUAAACAUGAACAUGUGACAGUUUUCAUAUUUACAUAAUUUACAGUCUCCUUAGGGAGUCCUGCCCCUCACUGCCCACCUCGGUGGCUCCUCUUCGGACACAGAUGCUUUGCUUUCUUCCCCGUGUGGAGCUCCUGCAGCGCCGCCAGCACGUCCUGCUCUCUGAGUGGUGGGAACCUGAUGUCGCUCCACACGCCGGAGGAAAUGCGAAUCGUCCUCCAACUGACCGACACCAGCAUACCUGUGUGGCUUGGUCCUCACCAGAACGGCUCUUGGCUUUGGAGCGACGACGCACUCCCUAAGAACUGGACCAACCAGAUGGAUGAAAAAAGCAAAGGGUGCCAGACCUGCAUGCAAAUGACGCCAAAAUCUGGAGAGCUGCAGCACACCCCCUGUGGAGAACUCCUGUUCUACGUCUGCACCACUUCACCGAGGUUCAGCUCCACCAGCCUCAACAGCCAAAAGCUGCUUCAGCCAGGAAUUGUCCCCGGGGUGCUUUUGUUUGACCUGAUGUGGGACUCCAGCUCUGCUGAAGCCGAGGCGAUUUUUUACUCAUCCUCUCUGCUCCGGGGGCUGAGGUCUGGACACCUGACGGAGCGCUGCUACUCCAGGUUCAUGCAGCAGGAGGCGCUCUACCUGAGCAGAGUUAAAAGCACACUAGAGGUUCUGAUUAGCGGCCUUCGUGAAGACGGCAGAAUAAGGUCACUCCUGCUGGACGUGUUCAGACAAUACGGCACGAGAAAGCAGAGCGUGCAGCCGUCUCCUCCACCCCCACAGUGGCUACAGUGGUCCCUGCAGUCUUUCCACCGGGUGGUUCUAGAGGACCCGGUGUACUGGCUGGUGGCGCUGUCGGCCCGGGCCUGCCUGCAGAACUUUGUGGCUCAGAGGCUCCACCGGGAGCUCGGAGCGCAGCCUGCGAGCUUGAUUGGGAACCGCUUCUACCAGACGUGGAGGAGAGAGAACGUGAUGUUUGUCUGGGUAACCAGGUGA